UUGCAAAUUGAGCAAGUUUUUUGGUUGGAAAUUGCUGCUGAAUGAAAGAAAAUAGUAUCAAUUUCCCAAAUUUCACUGUUUCAACUCUUACUAACAACUCAUUAAAACAAUGCACGGUCGUGUGAAAGUUCGAACAACUGAAGAAGAAAUAGCUCGUAAGAAGAAGGAGCGCCAGGAAAAGCUUAAAAAAUUCAAAUAUGCUAUGCAAAAAAUCCAAAGCAAGAGGAGUCAAGGGGAGUUAGACAAGGAGUUAUUGGAGUUAACAGGCAAUGUUUUAUCUGGAAAUCCAGAUAUUUACACUUUGUGGAAUAUUCGGAGGGAGAUAUUUACAAUAUUUGUAAAGGAUGAUGCUAUGCAGGAAGAAUUAAGUAGUAUGUUUGAUGCUGAGUUACAGUUGACUGAAUAUUGCUUGAAAAUAAAUCCAAAGUCGUAUGGUGCAUGGCAUCAGAGAGAAUGGGUGCUCACAACUAGGUCUGAUCCAAACUGGGCCCAAGAACUUGCUGUUUGCAAUAAAUAUUUAAAAUUUGAUGAAAGGAAUUUUCACACAUGGGAUUAUAGAAGAUUUGUAGUUAGCAAAUGCAAACCCCCACUAAAGGAUGAGUUUGAUUUUACUACAGAAAAGUUGCAUGAUAACUUUUCAAACUAUUCUGCUUGGCAUUACAGAAGUAAAAUGCUUGUAGCAUUGUAUCCUGAUUUAGAAGGAGGAAGGCCUAUCGAAGAUAGCCAUCAUAAACAUGAGUUGAAAAUGGUGCAAAGUGCUGCAUUUACAGAUCCUGAUGACACUAGUGCAUGGUUCUACCAAAGAUGGUUAUUAGGUGCUGUGAAGAAUAGUAAACAUUUAGUUGUAGUUACUGUCACACCAUCAAAGGCCACUCUGGCAUUUAACCAACAUGUUUCCUACGACCAUGUAAAGGAAAAAAUAAACAUAACUUUCAAUAAACUACCAGUGACUAGUAAUUGGUUAUCGUGUACUGAAAACCAGUAUGAUAACUUGUGGAUUUUUAAACAUAAUGAAACAAUAUUAGAUGAUAUGGAAAUAGAGGUGCAUUAUGAUGGGGAUGAUGGCAAGCAAACUAUUACAUGUAUGAGAGUGAUACCAAACACAUUUGUUGGCAAAAAAAAAAUUAGUUUUCAGAAGAACUACUCAGAACCUGUGAUAAAGGAACUGGAAACACAAUUAGAUGCUUGCCGGCAGCUUCUUGCUUUAGAACCAGAUAACAAAUGGACAUUGUUGACUACAACUGUCUUUCUUUAUUGCAUUGAUGCAAAGCUCUAUCACAAUGAAGUUAUUCAAAAUUUACAAACACUCAAAAGUAUUGACAAAUUACGUGAUGGAUACUACAACGAUUUAAAAACAAAAUGGUGCAUUGAAAACCAACUGUAUAAUGACUUUGAAAACAAUAGUAUUUCAUUGAAAAUAUCUUUUGAUGAGAAGAUAACCAGUCUUCCACAUUUGCAGUACUACAGUUAUUGCGAAAAUGUUGAUUUGUCUGAUCAGAAUUUAUCUAAUAAAGUGCUGCCCUCUUUAGUAGUGCUACAAAAUUGCAAGAACUUAUCAUUAAGGAAUAACAAACUUACAACCUUAAGAGGAUUCCCAAGUUUGGAAUUGGAAGUAUUGGAUUUACAAAACAAUGAUUUAGAUAAGACUGAAGUGGCACUAUUACAGGAAAAACUGAACUGCAAUAUAAUCUUUUGAUUAAAUUAUAAAUAUCUAGAUAGAUAAUUUGUUAAAUGUUUUUUGUGUUGCAAUCAAGCACAACAUCCCACUAUUAAGCUUGCCUUGACUUUUAUUCUGAAAUAUAUUAUUAUGCUAUCUAAAAUAUGUAUAAUCAGUGGAUAUCCUGAAAUACCAAAUACUGGUAACAAAAGGAUUCCUAACUAUAUUAUGUACUGAAUUUUCAAAAAUUUUCACCAAUUGCCUUUUUUAUCAAGAAAAUUAAAUAGAACUUAUGAUUAAAACUUAUAAUAAUGUAAUGACAAAUUCUGUAAGCAAAAGUUAUGUUAUUGGUGAUUGGAAAAAUUACCUUUAAAUUAAGUUGGACAUAGGUACAGGCGACAUUAUAAGACUAUGUACAAUUUGUUGCAAAAUAUUGUCUAUUACAGAUACAUAAGAGCCAACAAUGUUUAGCUUGAUUUAUCGUCAUCUGUACUUUAAAAUUUUGCCAUAACAUACUAAGGAAAUAGACAUGCCCAUAUUAGGAAUAGCACUCAAAUCAAGAAUAGAUUCAUGGCAGUAGUUGGUAAAGCAUUUACAUUUAAUUUAACCAUAAUGUACAAGCUUAUGUCUAUAAUAGGUUCAAGCCUAUGCUUGAACCUAUUUUUUAUAAUUAUAUCGUGUUUUGAGCGUUAUUACCUAAUUAUGGACCACUUACAGAUAGUGAACAUAUUGGAUUCUGAUCCCUAGUAUGCUAUAAACAUAACAACAGUAAUACAAAUAUCUAUCCUAAUAAUAUACUACUUAACUAAUUAGAUAUUUAUUAUACAUUUAAAACGAACCAAAGAAAAUUAAUUAUCACUAAACUACUUUUUAUACACAUUAUUGCCUUGUUUCAUGAGUGAUAUGAUAUAUUUCUUUGGAUCUGUGUCUGUACAAGUGUUUGGACUGGAUUUAUUGUUUUUAAAUAUACUGACAUAGGUUGGCUGGUGUAUUUGAAAGAUUUAAGUACAACUAGACUAAUUGUUGUUGUAAGUAGUAUUUCAUUUAAUAUUUUUUGAUAUAUUUUAUGUUUGUAAAUAAACAUUUACAUGUUAUCUACUUAGCUAUAAUGAUUUUUGUAACUUGGUAAAUAGGUGGAAAUAAUUUAUUUAUCAUCAGUAUCAAUACUAUGUUACAUAAUGCUGUUGCUAUCCUAAAUUGACACAAUUUAUAUCCAUAUGCAAAUGAAUUUGUAAAUUUUCUUCAGUUACUUUUAAAUGUUAUUCACAUAAUGUUAUGUUAUUAUCACUUAGAAUGUAUAUUCUACCUCAAAUAAACAAAAUCAUUUGUA